AUGAAGAUCUGCCGCAAGAAGGAUAGGAAGGAGGAGACGAAGACGGAGUCGACGUCGCGGAAACGCGCGGCGCCCAACUCCAAGGUCGAGCCCUUCAUCCUCGGGUUCCUCGCGUCGAAGGAGGAGCCCGCGGCGGCGUUCGUCGUCGAGCUCCGCUACGCGUUCCAGUCGCCCGAGGCCUUCUACCUCGUCACGGACUACUUCGCCGGCGGAUCUUUAGCAACGGGGUUGCGCGCGUCCCCGGACCGCCGCUUCGCGCCGCGCCGCGCGGCGUUCCACGGCGCGGAAUUGGCCGUCGCCGUCGGCUUCCUCCACGCGCACGGCGUGCUCCACCGGGACCUCAAGCCGUCGAACGUGCUCCUCGACGCCGCCGGCCACGUCAAGGUCGCCGACUUCGGCCUGGCCAAGUUCGGCGCCGAGGACGGCCGGUGCCGGUCCUUCUGCGGAUCCGUCGAGUACAUGGCGCCCGAGAUCCUCCGCGGCAAGCGCUACGGCUUCGCCGUGGACUGGUGGGCGUUGGGGGUCGUGCUGGCGGAGAUGGCCUUUGGCGCGACGCCCUUCUUCCACGACAAGCCCCGGGAGCUCAUGCGCCUGAUCCUCUCCGAGGCGCCGUGCUUCCCC